AUGGAUGAUGUAUUGAGCGGAGCAGCGACUUUGGAAUCUGCAAAACAGCUGCGAAAUGACAUCGAAAGUCUUUUGAAAAAGGGAAUGUUUCCUAUUCGAAAGUGGUGCUCAAAUGAUGACGAAGUGCUUGAAGGUGUUCCUUAUAAGGACCGUGAACAAUUGGUACGCAUCGAAGAAUCUAGUAACAAUGAAACAAUACGAGCCUUGGGUAUUCUUUGGAACCCACAAAGUGAUCAGUUUCUGUUCUGGAGGAACCCUGAAUUGGUGCAACUUGAUGAGAAGGUAACAAAACGAAGCGUACUCUCCCAUAUUGCAAAACUAUUCGAUCCGUUGGGUCUUAUAUCACCUGUUAUCGUGUUGGCAAAGUCAAUUAUGCAACAGUUGUGGGCUAAUUCUUUAGAAUGGGACGAGCCAAUUGAAGGAGAACUGUUAAAUAAAUGGUUGAUCUUCCAAGAGUCCCUGAUGCAAUUGAAUGCAAUAGAAAUACCGAGAUGUGUUGUGACUCGUGAUGCGUGUCGUAUUGAGAUCCAUGGUUUCUCUGACGCUUCUUUUACAGCCUACGGUUCCUGUCUGUAUUUACGAAGCAUUCGGGAGGAUGGAGCGGUGUCUGUUAAACUGUUAUGCAGCAAGUCAAGAAUCGCCCCUUUGCAUCGAUCCACAAUGCCUAGAUUAGAGCUAUGUGCCGCCGUUACUUUGGCAAGAUUGAUCAAUACUGUGAUACCAAUUCUAAAAAUGGACGUUCACGGCGUUAAAUUGUGGUGUGAUAGUCAGAUCGUACUGGCGUGGAUAAAGAAGAAUCCAGAGCAGUUGCAGGUCUUCGUCAGGAACCGAGUCGUGGAGAUUAAUAAAUUAACCAGUGUCUACGAGUGGAACUACAUAAAAUCCGAAGAUAACCCAGCAGAUUUGGUGUCUAGAGGUUGUUACCCAGAUUGUCUGCGUCGUUCAGACAUUUGGUGGAAUGGACCGAUGUUUUUGCAAGAUAUCAACUACAUGAUACAAGAAACUCCGAAGAUUUACGAUGAUGAACUACCGGAAAUGAGGAACAUACAAGUGUGUAAUCCCACGGUUGAGAUUGAGGAUGAACCGAUAUUCGAGCGCUGUGGGAUCGUCAAGGGUAUCGAUGGAUUUCAGUACAAGAUAUGCAAAAGGCGAUGGAAUACAUAG